AUGGACAUGCUGCCGAAGCUACUACUCGCCGCCGCGUGCCUUCUUGCCUCCGCCCGGUUCUGCCACGGCCUGGUCUUAACGGGGGCGUGUGACUCUGACCAUGACUGUACCAGCGGCUGCUGUGCGCGGUGGAACCCCAGCUCCAACCUGGCGGUGUGCAAGCCGCUGGGCCAGGAGGGACAGCUGUGCCACACCGCCUCCAACAGCAUGCCGUUCCCGUUCAGCGGCGUCAGGCGGUUCUGGAGGUGCCCGUGCGAGGAGGGUCUUACGUGCGAACGUAGCGAGGGGAACAUCGGACACUGCCGCCAGCCUGCCACCACCGCGGUCCCAGGGGACCAAAAGAGGGCCUGGGAGCCCGAGGGACCGGUCAGAGGACCCGAGGGGGCAGCCUGGAAACCCGAGGGAGCAGCCUGGAAACCCGAGGGAACAGCUUGGAAACCCGAAGUACUGGCUUGGAAACCGGAUGGUCCCGCCCAGACGUUGAGUCCUGAAGAGCUGCUGGAGUGGAUAGAGGCAGAGAAGGCUCUGAUGGACAUGGAGAUGCAGUAGACUAGAAAUACUCAUCAGUUGAUCCAUUGACACGAUUGGUUGAUUUUUUGAUUGAUUGAUUGAUUUAGUGCCACACAGUGGCGACGAGCGUUGACAGGGUAGAGGUUAUCACCAUGAUGCAAGAUCCUUGAACGGUAAUGGAUGUGCCAUUUGGCAGAAGGUUGUCAUUCUGAGCCAACAUGCCAUUGUCAUAUUUCAUCUUCAAACUGUAUCGCACGUGCAUUUUUUUAGAACAUAAACACGGAAUUGCAUCACAUUCUAAUAGUUCUUACAACAGCGUACGUUGUAAAGGCGAUGCACUGUAACAUUGGGUGCGAAUUGAAGCCUAAGUCACGUGGAAGUGUGACUAGCAAUGGCUGUCUGGCAAUAACAGAGGUACAUGCACUAGUCCCAGGCUAGUGUUAGGUUAUCAUUGCACAGAACUGUCCGAGCGGAUUUGUAGAGAUUAGUAGUGCACAUUCUAGGCCUCUCUCAGACAAGUUCUUUUCGGCAUGAGCGGAGUUUCAGAUGUUUUAACGUCUGUUUCUUCUGUCCGUGUCUACACAGCACGACUGUUCAUUAGAUCAGAUCAAUGACAUAG